UUCUCGUACGACGUCGUCGAGGCGCACGCGCACGACGCGAACGCGUUCACGCAGGGAUUGACGACGUGCGGAGACGGGAUCAUGUGCGAGAGCACGGGGGCGGUGGGCGGGACGCCGAGCGAGGUGCGGACGACGACGACGGCGACGGGGGCGAGACGCGCGGGCGCGGACGUGGGCGGCGCGUUCGCGGAGGGCCUGACGCGCGUGGGCGACGACGUGCACGUGAUUUCUUGGAAGUCUAAUCGCGGGUUCACGUACGCGGUGACGGCGGAGGGUGAGGUGACGAAGAAGUGGACGUUUGAGACGCCGUUGUCGGACGGUUGGGGUUUGACGUCGCUCGACGGCGAGCUGUACGUCACGGACGCGAGCGACAAGUUGCACGUGCUCGACGUCCCCGGACGGGACGGGGCGAAGUUGAAGUUGAAACGAUCGAUGACCAUCACGGAUGACGGCAAAGCCAUCAGAUUCGCGAACGAAUUGGAGACCAUAGGAGGCGACGUGUACGCCAAUAUCCUCGAGCGGCCGUGCUUGGCGAGAAUCGAUCCCGCGAACGGCAAAGUGACCGCGUGGGUGAAUUUAGAUGGAUUGAAGCAAGCGUCCCCGAACGAUGGCCGCGGUGAUGUGUUGAAUGGGAUCGCGUACGACGAAAAACUUGAUGCCUUGUACGUUACGGGCAAGAAUUGGCCGACGAUGUUCCGGUUGAAGCUUCGCGAGGAGCAAGGCGCGAGCCUGGACGCGGUUCGCGCGACGUGC